CUCCUCUUUCUGUUCCUUGACCACCCCUUCCCUAGGAAAGGUGGGAAGGAAGGAAGAGGGGGUCCUGUGCCCUGCACCCUGUGCCCUCUCUCUGUUCUGGGUCCAGGCAGCCCACCAAGGCCCCGGAUGAUGGAGAGCAGUGUGUGCAGACUGGCCAGGUACCUGGAGGAGCUGACCACUGAGGAGCUCAAGAGGUUCAAGCUGGCUUUGACAGCCUGGGGCCACCAGGACUCUCAGUGGGCCCGGAUCCCCAGGGGCCAGAUAGAGAAGGCAGACUGCCCGGACCUGGCUGUGCUCCUGGUCACUCACCACGGAGCUGGAGGUGCUUGGCAAGUGGCCCUUCAGGCUUGGGAGAAGAUGGGCCUGAGGCAGCUGUGGGAGCAAGCACAGAAAGAGGUCCCACCCUCGGAUGCUGCUGAGGCCCAGGGUCUGGAUGCAUGGUUGGCAGAAGAGGAGGUGUCUACAAGGUCAGAAGGAGAGUCAGGUUACAAGGAGAAGUACCACAAACAAGUGAGGAAGAAAUUCCAGGUCCUGGAGGAAAGAAAUGCACGCCUGGGUGAGUGGGUUUACCUGACUCACCACUACACUAGGCUGCUCCUGGUGAGGGGCCAUGCCAGCCCUUGGAGCAGAGAGAGGGAGCUGCUGGCCUCUGGGGGGCUGCAUGGGCACCUCAGGGAGGAGCGUAGAAGGCCCAUUGAGCUUGAGGCUCUCUUCGAUGCUGACCAAGGGGAAGGAGUCAGCGCCCCAACUACCGUAGUGCUGCAGGGGGUAGCAGGUAUUGGCAAGACCACCCUGGCCCGGAAGGUGUUGCUGGACUGGGCAUCGGGCACUCUCUACCCUGGCCAGUUUGACUAUGCUUUCUACGUCAACUGCCGGACUGUGGAGGUGGCAGCCCAGAAGAGCCUGGCAGAGCUGCUCUUGGGCUGGCUCGAGAGCACUGGCCCAGCUUCAGGGGCUGCCCCUCUGCCCGCCAUGCUGGCUCGGCCUGAGCGCUUGCUCUUCGUCCUUGAUGGCUUCGAUGAGCUUCUCUGGGGCGCUGGGGGGCAGGAGGAUGGGGCCUGGGUCCCAAGGGAGGAGAAGCAGCGGGUGGAUGUCCAUCUGAGGAGACUGUUGGGAAAAAGGCUGCUCCCUGAGUCUUCCCUGCUCAUCACCACGCGGCCCAUGGCACUGGAGAAACUGCAAGCACUGCUGGAACAGCCCCGGGUGGCCGAGGUCCUGGGCUUCCGUGCUUCGGAGAGAAAGGCCUAUUUCUACAAGUACUUCCCAGACCCGGGGCAGGCUGAGCGAGCCUGGGCCGCUGUGCAGGCCAAUGAGGUCCUCUUCACCAUGUGCUUUGUGCCUCUGGUGUGCUGGACUGUGUGCACUGGACUACAGCAGCAGAUGGAGAGGGGCGAGGCCCUGGCCCAGACGGCACGGACCACCACUGCCAUCUACACUGCUUUUCUCUCCAGCCUCUUGCAUCCAGACCGGCACAGCCCGCCCAGGAGCCGGCCUGCUGGCCUCCGGGGCCUCUGCUCCUUGGCAGCCACUGGACAGCGGGAGCAGAGGCUUUGGUUCCGGGAGCAGGACCUGACGCGCCACGGGCUGGACUUGGCCACCGUCUCCACCUUCCUGCACAUGGAUCAGUUCCAGCACGAGGCCGAGUGCGAGGGCACCUAUAGCUUCUUCCACUCUACUUUCCAGGAGUUCUUCGCUGCCCUGUUUCUGGUGCUGCAGCAGCCUCAAUGGCCCUUCCAUCGUCGCCUGCGGCAGCUGUUGAAGGGCCCCUCCAGUUUGGAGGCUGACCUCCCCCUGACUGUCCGCUUCCUCUUUGGGCUCUCAAGCCGGGAGAGAGCUGGCACCCUGGAGAAAUUGGUGGGGGGCCCCGUCCCCCGGGGGAGCCAGCAUGUCCUGCUGAAAUGGAUCCGGGUGCAGGCAGCCCAGUGCCCCGGGAGGACAAAGACCCUGGAGCUGUUGUACUGCUUGUUUGAGACCCAAGAGCCCGAGUUCGUCCGGAGAGCCAUGGCCUGUUUCAGGGAAGUGAAGGUGAGAGUGUGCACCAGGAUGGAUGGCCUGGUGGUUGCCUUCUGCCUUCGAGGCUCCCAGAGCACCCUCACUGUUGAGCUGGAUGGUCUGGGAUCUGGAGCUGCAGGCCUGGACCUCCCAGAGCUGGGCCUUGCUGAUCAGGAAGCUGGGACCUGUUCCUUAAAGGAUGUGUGCAAAGACUUCUCCUCUGGGCUCUGGGUACGAAGGAGUCUUUGUGAGCUGGGCCUAGGAGAGGAUGCCCUGGGGGAUUCUGGAAUGAGGUGGCUGUGUGAAGACCUCAAGCGGCCCAGGUGCCCAUUGCAAUCACUCAGGUUGCUGAACUGCUGGCUUACUUCAGAUUUUGCUGGGAGCCUCUCCAGUGCCCUUAGCAUGAGUCAGACCCUGACAAGGCUGGAUUUGAGUUACAAUCCCCUGGAAGACCAGGGAGCAGCAGCGAUCUUCAGGGUACUGGAACACCCCAGCUGCAAGCUUCAGAGUCUGUGUCUGAAGAAAUGCCACCUCAGCGAGGAGUCAUGUGAGGGACUUGGUUCUGUCCUGGGCAUCAGCCAGACCCUGCAGUGGCUGGACCUGAGCUUUAAUGCUCUGGGAGACCAAGGCGUCGGGCUGCUGUGUUGGGGCCUGCGGCAGGCCAGCUGCCAACUGCAGACACUCAGGUUGGGAAAUUGCAGCCUCACUGGCCAAUGCUGCCUUGACCUGGCCUCGGUGCUCAGCCUGGGACCCAAGCUGCUCUGGCUCCACCUGAAGAACAAUGCCCUCGGAGACUCGGGCUUGCAGUGGCUGUGCCAAGGCCUCAGGGCCCCCCACUGCAGGCUGAGGAAACUCAACCUGGUCAACUGCCGCCUCACCGCUGCCUGCAGCCCCAGCAUCUCCUCUGUCCUCAGUGUUCCCAACAGCAUUGAGUUCCUCCUCCUCAGUGGCAAUGACUUGGAAGACAUGGGGAUUCGGGAGCUGUGUCAGGGCCUGAGGCACCCCAACUGUAGAGUGUGGGAGCUGAAGGUCCAGAUGUGUGGGCUCACCUGGAUGGGCUGUGAGGCCCUGGCCUCCACGCUGUGCAGUUGCCCCAGCCUGAGACGUCUGGACCUCAGUGACAGCUCCCUGGGGGAGGAAGGCACGAAGUGGCUUUGCUGGGGCCUGAGGCAACCCAGCUGUCGGCUGCAAAGCCUCAGGUUGUUCAGGUCGGUCCUGAGCGAGGCAGCCAAGGCUGAGCUGGAAGCUGUGGCCAGAGCCAAGGUUGGCAUGGAGAUCUCCUACCAGAGUAGCGGUUGGAGUGGGUUACACUUCAUGGAGUGCUGAGCCUCCUCUGAUCAGGGGCUGAGCAGACGGAGCAGGAGGAGGUGGCCUUGCCUCUCCCCGCCCUGGGUGAAUGGGUUUCGGUGUCUCUGAAGUUUGGACUCCUCUUGUUUGGCUCCCCGGGGUAGGAUCUCAGAGCCCCCAGCUGCCUUUUGUUUCCCAUCCCUCUCCAGGAGCUGUGGCUCCCUAUUACCUCCAGGAUAAAGCACAAUGGCCAAUGCAGAUGGAGGUGAGCAUUUGAACCCCAGAGGCAUAGACCUAGGGUACCUCUACAUCAGUGGACAAGAACCACCAACACAGCCCAGCUCCAAGGUGGAGGAGCCUGGCCCCACAGAAGAGAUGGGACAAGCCACAUACGUUGCUUCUUAGCAGAGGUGGAGGCCCAUGUGUGUGAAACAGUGUAUUCAACACCAGAUUUUUUUUAAUUAUUUAUCAGUCUGCUGAAAAUAUUUCCUACUUUUCAAAAUUCCUUCUAGUAAGGAGUGGCUGUC